CAUAGCCCAGCACCCCAGCACCAAGCAUAGCCCAAGCUCCUUUGUGAUAACGUUCUUGAAAAAGUUUUCGACUGCCACCUUGAUUAAAUUUAAUCUUCUGGUGUGUCUUCUACGCUAUUUAUCCCCAAGAAAGUCUAUUUCAAGAUAGUCCAAAAUGCCCCGUGCUAAAGGAGAUUCAAACAAGCCUCGUGGCAGAAUGACUGCUUAUGCUUAUUUCAUGCAAACUUGCCGUGAAGAACAUAAAAACAAAUACCCAGAUGAGAAUGUUGUGUUCCUCGAGUUCUCCAGGCGGUGUGCUGGCCAGUGGAAGCUCAUGACUGAAAAUGACAAAAAGAGAUUCCAAGGAAUGGCUGAGCGCGACAAGCUUCGUUUUGAAAAUGAAAUGAGGCAUUACACUCCCCCACAAGGUGCGACCGGUCGUGGAACCAAGCGCAAACAAGUGAAAGAUCCGAAUGCCCCCAAACGUUCCCUCUCGGCUUUCUUCUGGUUUUGCCAUGAUUUGCGUGGACACGUCAAGGAACAACAUCCCGAAUACACUUUGGGAGAAAUCGCUAAAGAGUUGGGAAGACGCUGGGGUGUAUCCGAUGAUGCUACCAAAGCCCAGUACGCCGCCAAGGCUGAACAAGACAGAGCGCGUUACGAAAGAGAUAUGAAUGCUUACAAGAAAACGAAAAUUGAACCCACACAUAAUGAGUACUACGACGAGGAUGACGAAGAAGAAGACGACGACGAAUAAAGGGGUUUCCUCUGUGCGAGGGUUAUUCUGGUUCUCUUUGUUUCUUUAUAGAUCUUUCCUUCCCUUGUUUUAAGAUUCUAUGUGGGCAUGUGGUCAAGAAGAGAUUCUUCUCUCCUGUUUUACAAUUGCUUAACAGAAAGGAUUUGAAAGAUUGUUCUUACUUUUUCCUAAUUUUA